AUGGUGUUUCAGCAUUUGCGCACGGUCCGGUGCUCAAAGUGUUUGCGCGUGUUCUGUUGCGUCAAACACCGAGUGGAACACGAACGCCGCGUGCACGUCGUCGCCCCGCCGAUUCCGGUGAUGGUGCCGGUGAUCAAACGUCGAUUUCGAUUGGCGACGCCCGAUAGCCGUCCGUUAGCCAACUGCAUGAUGAACAAUCGGAAAAGACAGCGGGCGAACGCGCUGGAGGCGGCCGCCAAGGCUUCCCGGUUCGGGGGCCACGCUCGACAGCCGGCCGCGGAGGAGACGCCCGCCCGGACCAUACUGAAGGCCCGUCGGUGCAGCCUGUCGUCCGUUAAACUCCGGUCCGUGGCCGAGAGCAGUGCAGCGCCGCCGGAGUCGGAGACAGACCAGCAAACACACGUGGCCGACGAUGUUGCGGCCUCUACGCCCAUCGGCACGGGGGCCGCCAGCUCCCCUAGUUUUUACCAGACGCCGAUGCUGCAGAUGACACUGCCGCCGCUGUCCGCCACUUUAGACGCCGCCGUUCCGCGCACAAACACGGAUAACGAGAAUAAGACACCACAUCCGGAUCGCGAUGUGAACGUUGACACGCCGAAACGAAAUUUGUUCGCGGCACACGACGUCGCGCAAAAAGGUACGUGUUUAGUUUGUUCUGAGAGAGGUUAAGUUAGGUUAGGUUAGAUGUUUUUCGGUCUAACAACAAUCUGCAAUCACAUUGUUUACUAUACAACGUUAUUAUUGUGAAUUUUCAAGUUUUAUUGUCUGCGAAAUACAUUUUAUUUUUACGUCCGGGACAUUUGCGAAAUUCAAUAUUAAUUGGAGGGGAUCGUUAAAACAUAAAUAUUAUAUUAUAUACUUUAAAUGCUUAUUUAGCAGUAAAUUUCGUUGUCAGAAUCUUGUUGAGAAAUGCUCAACACAGAAAGCUAUACACGAUAUGUGCGUAGGAAAAAUCACGGGAAAAACGGAAAAAUCAGUACAAUAUUAAACAAAUAUUAUUAAAGGAAAUAUAUAAUGCUUAUUUAAUUUCACCAUAACAUGCCAUAUAUAUAUAUUGUUGACAAAGCAUCACUAUCAAGUGAGCACCACUCAGAAUCGUUUUUUCGUUAGCAAUAGUUUAUCGUUACAAACAUACAUUAAAUUCUCUUCUGUAUCCUACCUUUCCAACUUGCACGGCCGCACCCGCGUACGAAGUAUGUCAGGCUUUUUUCCAGUUAUUUUAGCCAAGUAGUUUUCGAAGGUGAAAAUUUCACGAAACAAUUUUCCACCUUUUUAAAAAUUUCUCCUACUCUGAUCCAUACGUAAUUUACGUAACUACGUACAACUUCCCUUUCCAGGCAAUCGAUCACUUUAGGAAUCGAGGUUUUAUUUUAUUUUUUAAUUUAUUCCAUUUAUCUGAUCGACACGAAAAGCCAGCAGUGGCGAUUCCUUAGAAUGUUAUACGAAUGAAUCCAAUGCUUCCUUCGUUGACUACAUUCUACCAACUUACAAUUUGUACUACGUAUUAUAGUACAACUGUUUUUGCUUUUCACUCGACGAACUCAUCAUUUAAAAACAACAUAAAACUGAUCUUAAACGACUGCACAAAUUUCGACAGUAAACUACUGAUAAUAAUCUCGCGACAGUCCUAUGCGAGCGGAGUGUUUGAGAAUACCACCGAUACAUUCCUCGCACGCUCAUCGUCUAAAUACUCGUUUCUAAUAACUAGGGUGUAUAUUUUUUUUUUUUUUUUCAAUAGCCUGAAGCAAUGCUUUCCAAGCACAAAGUUCGUUUCAUAUGUCAAAGAAUUAAAAUAUGCAACUUUUAUUUUGCGUUUUUUGAUAUUUCAUGUGUAUUUUUAGGUUUUUAAGGUAUUUUAAGACAAACUUCAUAGUGUUAUCAGAAAAUGUUAUACAAUUUAUUUUGAUUUUUCCCCUAAAGAAAAAAAUUCAUAUUUAUAUUUUUAAAAUACAUUAGGUACAUAGAUACAUAGAUUUACCGAUUGUACCAAAUAAAUAGGAUGCCAACUGCAAUAAAGAAAACGAUAAACUAUUUAUCGAGUUAUUGUAAUGUAGUUGUAUUGCACUAUUUGCACUUUUGUGUUUAGUAAAUUUAUAUAACUAAUAAAAAACUUUAUUUCAACGUUCAAAAUAAUUUUUAGAGCAUUUUUUAACCUUUUUAGGAGUGAAGUGAAGAAGCUUAUGGCUUGGCAAAGAUGUUUAUUUUUUUUCUAUGGACAACUUUUCUACCAGAAAUCUUGUUUUGAUUUUUGAUCAUUUUCUGAAAGGAAAUUGGUGUGGGGAGGUACUUUAAAGAGAUCAUUUUUCGUUUUUCUCAUCGAAUUUAAAAAAUGGAAAAAAAAAACGGGAAAAUAUCUGAACGAUGUAUAAUAAUGUAGAUGUUAGUUAAAAUAUAUUACUUUAAGAAGGUUAUUUUCGAUUCUCCCAGAAGUUUUCCCAACGAAUGGAAAAAACUGGAAAAAAUCGAGAAAAAACGGGAAAAUGUACGAAAUGUAUUAGUACAUUAUUAAGGUUUUUUUUUCUGUGGACAACUUUUCUAUUAACAAUUUUGCUCCGAUUUACAAUGAUAGUACUUUUUCUAAAAGGAAAUCUGACUGUGAAGGUACACUCGGGAGGUUAUUUUUUGAUUUUCCCAUGAGUUUUCCCACUAAACAGGAAAAACGGGAAGGUUCAAUGUUAAACAAAUAUUAUCAAAGAAAAUGUAUAAUGCCUAUGUAAUUAUUUUACCAUAAUAUGGCAUGCAUAUUGUUGACAAAGCAUCACUAUCAACUGAACUCCGCUCAGAAUCGUUUUUACGUUAGGAACGGUUUAUCGUUGCUCACAGAUACUUAUAGAUUAUUGACUAUAUUUUAGGAUUUUUCUGGGCGAACAUGGCUCGCCGUUUCCGGUUAGCUCUAUUACCCGCUAAAUCCGCCCCCAUCACGACACUGGGCGACGGAGUUUCGCCGCCCGGAACACACGUGCAGGAUGUGGCUCAGUACUACGGUAACAUACAACCGAGAAGACCUAUCAACAGUGACGCACCGCUGUCCGUCUACGCUAGGCCGUCGCUGAAAGACAUCCGAAAGGCGCACGAAAGAGCCAGCGGUACUAUCGUGGAUGUAGACACGAGCGGUUGUAGUGAGUAAAACCAAAAUUUUUAAUUUUUUUUUUUUUUAUUUACAGUUACAUUGUAACUGUAAAUAAUAAUUUACAAUAAUUUUUUUUAUAUAUAAAUACAGAUAUUAUUUUUUUUUUCAAAUUUCAAUUUUUAACAUUAUUAUUAUUACUUAUGUAUUUUUAUUAGUUUGUUAAAUGCAUCUAUCAUUUUAUAUUAACG